CAAUUCUGUAGUGGCAUAGGACACGCGCGAAUAUACAAAGAUGGCACGAAAAAUUAUAUUACGUCAAAUAAGAGAAUUGAAAUCAUUAAGAAAAUUUUCAACGAGUGUUUUUUUGAAAAAUAAAGAUUAUAUAAUUAAAUCGCCUUUAACCGAUAUUGUAAUACCGAAAAUGAGAUUUUUAGACCGACUCUGGAUCAAUUUCCCGGCAUUUCAGGAUCAUGUUGCUAUAGAAUGUGCGGAAACCAAGAAAAGGUACACGUACAGAGAAUUAAGGAAGAAUAUGGCAGUCUAUGCUACCUCACUUCGAAAGAAGUUGGGUUGUAAAGAAAAUGAUGUGGUGGCUGCAUUAUUGCCAAACAGUCCAGAGUUCCCGGUUGUCGCAUUAGGAACUAUUCAAGCUGGUUGCAUUUUUAGUCCUGUAAAUCCUAUUUAUAAAGAAAUCGAAAUCAGUCACCAAGUAAGUGUCACUGACCCAAAAGUCAUAAUAACGAUACCGGAAUGUUAUGACAACGUUAUCAAAGGACUCAAACUUGCUAAAUGUGUAGCAAAAAUUGUUAUUAUUGAUAAACCUAAUAAGCCGGUACCCGAUGGAGCAAUAAGAUAUUCAGAGAUAGCUGAAUCCGGCGAAGCUGAUUAUGAUUUACUUGACAAAGUUGAGAAGAAAAACGAUGACGUAGCUCUUAUACCGUUCUCGAGUGGUACAACGGGAUUACCGAAAGGAGUUGAAAUUACAUACAAAAAUCUUCUAGCUGCGAGUGAGAUAAUGUAUAAGAGUGAAAAUAGAUACCCUAGCAUGACAAACGGUGAUUUCCAAGACGUUCUUCCCUGUAUCCUCCCGUUCUUUCACAUCUAUGGAAUCGUCGUGACUUUGAUCGGUCACUUAGUUUACGGCUGCAAAUUGAUAUCGCUGCCAAGAUUUUCAACAAACGUCUUCUUUGAUGUUCUUAAGAAUCAAAAUCCUUCCAUUCUAUAUGUUGUACCUCCUAUCGCUAUUCUGCUUGGCAAACAUCCAGACGUGACGAAGGAAUUCUUCAAGAACACGAGACACAUUGUGUGCGGCGCUGCUCCGUUGUCUGCAUCUGAUGUUACAGCGAUUCUAGAAAAAGGAAAUGGCAAAAUGGAGUUCAAUCAAGGCUUCGGAGCAACUGAGACGACGUCGCUAGCAACAAGUACGUUUAAAGGAACUAAGGAAUUAGACUACUCAGCUUGUGGCAAACCUAUGGCAAGCACGGAACUAAUGUUCGUGGACCCGAUAAGUGGAAAUCCUGUUCCAAUUGGAGAGUCUGGAGAAAUGUAUAUAAGGUCACCGACAGUGAUGAAAGGAUAUUUUAAAAACAAGAAAGCAACUAAAGAGUGCAUCACUGAAGACGGUUUCUUUAGAACAGGAGACUUAGGACACUACGAUAUGAAAUACGGACUCUACGUAACUGACAGGAUAAAAGAACUCAUCAAGGUCAAGGGUAUGCAAGUAGCCCCAGCAGAGCUAGAGAGUAUCCUGCGGUCUCACCCAGCUGUACAAGACGCAGCCGUUAUUGGAGUCCCUCAUGACUUCAACGGCGAAGCGCCAAAAGCAUUCAUUAUAAAGAAAAACGGUCAAAACGUGUCCCCCGAGGAACUCCAAUCGUUCGUUGCUAACAAAGUGGCUUCCUUUAAGCAAAUUGAAGAAGUUGUUUUCGUUGAUGAAAUCCCCAAAACGAGUUCAGGAAAGAUAUUAAGGAAGGAAUUAAAGAAAAUGUACGCUUAGUUUAUUUUUGAAAAGAUAAAAAUGAAUGGUAUCUACUUAUUUGCAACUGAGUACUCAACUGUACUCAAGGUGUAGGUACUAUAAGUUUACUUUAAAUAUAUAUUAUAAAGAAAAAUUGUCAAAAUGGAAAAAUGUCAAGUCCUUUCAAAAGUAAAAAAAAACAGUAAUGUCAUUCUUGAAAUAACCGAAAUAAGUUUGGGUAAAAAUAAAAAAAGGACUCAAACAAAAUUACGCUUUUAUAGUACGUCAGAUUAGUAUUGAUGUUUUUAUACAAUUUAUUAUAAAAAAAAAAUUGUAAAAAAUAUAUUAAUGUAAACAU